GGGUUCUGGGAGACACACGCGGCGGCUCUGGCAUUUCGCCCCCGACAGCUCCAGCCCGCAGCAACCGACUCCCACCCUCCCCAGGGCAGGCCCCGCCCUCGCGGACGCGGUGAAUCCGAGUCACGUGAUCGCCGGAUCAGCUGACCAGGCGCAACCGGAAAAAGAAAUUCUUGCGUUCCGGCCUCUUGGCGCGAUGAGGUUCCGGUUCUGUGGUGAUCUGGACUGUCCCGACUGGGUCCUGGCGGAGAUCAGCACACUGGCCAAGAUUUCCUCUGUGAAGCUGCGGCUGCUAUGCAGCCAGGUACUAAAGGAACUUCUGGGACAAGGGAUUGACUAUGAGAAGAUCCUGAAGCUCACUACUGACGCCAAGUUUGAGUCCGGCGAUGUGAAGGCCACAGUGGCAGUACUGAGUUUCAUCCUCUCCAGUGCGGCCAAGCACAGCGUCGACGGUGAAUCUUUGUCCAGUGAACUGCAGCAGCUGGGGCUGCCCAAAGGAACUUGCCUCUGCCCCAGCCACCACCUGCGACUUCAAGAGACCUUCAUUCUGCCUGCAGAGCACGCAGCUAGCCUGUGCCGCUGUUACGAGGAGAAGCAAAGCCCCCUGCAGGAGCACCUGCGGGCCUGCAGUCUACGCCUGAAUAGGUUGACCGGUGUGGGCUGGCGGGUGGACUACACCCUGCGCUCCAGCCUGCUGCAAUCCGUGGAAGAGCCCAUGGUACACCUGCGGCUGGAGGUAGCACCUGCCCUGGGUGUCCCAGCACAGCCUGUUGCCAUGUCCCUCUCAGCAGACAAGUUCCAGGUCCUCCUGGCAGAACUGAAGCAGGCCCAGACCCUGAUGAGCUCCCUGGGCUGAGGAGAAGGGUGUUCCAGGCCUGUGUGGAACCGUCCUACCUGUGUGGAGUCACUGCUCUCUGAACCUCAGGAGGCGGCCCCAGUUCCAGGACGCUGGGGCCAGACCUGUUCCCUGCCUCCCAGGUGCGUGGCUGUCCGGCUGCCCGCUGCAGAUUCAGUACCGGGGCCGGAGGGCCUUUUCUAGCACUGCCUCCUCUCUUCCUCGAAAGGCACUUGUUGACGUGUUUUCAUGAGCAGGAAGAAUAAACGGAAGUAUAAAGGA